CCUGCCCCCCCAGCCUUUCCUCGCAACUCACCGUCUUCGGCUGAUUGACUUUUGCUCCCCCUUUCCCCCAUUUCUAUAGCACCAACCGGACUGACUCCUCCCAGAGCAAGCGUCGUCGAACGGUGCCAAAACCAGAACCUUCUGACUCGGACGAGGCCCCCUUGAUAUCUCAGGCUAAGAAGGGCAAGAGGGCGUCCGUUAAUUCUGCAGAGGCUAAGAGGCUUGUGGCCGAAAAAGCUGAUAUCGAAAAGAGUGCUGAAAAGGAGGCACAGUCUCUCAGACAGCAGGAUCGCCAGGCAGCGGCCAAGAAGAAGGAAGCUGCAAAAACUGCUGCAAAAACUACGAAAGCAAAAGCUACCACUACGAAUGGGAAGAAAUCUCAGACUAACGGUAUCAAAAAAUCAGAAUCCAGCGAUGAAGACGUUCCUCUCGCUCGCAAGGCUCCAGCCAAAAAGGUCGCUGCCACUCCUGCAAAGAAGAGCAAACCCGCAGCAAAGAAGGAGCCUAGUGAGGAAGCCGAAGCUGAAGAGGAGGAAGCCGAAGAGGAAUACAGAUGGUGGGAAGAUCCAUCGAAGGGCGACGGCACCAUCAAAUGGACUACCCUGGAACACAACGGAGUCGUUUUCCCGCCGCCUUACGAGCCGCUGCCAAAGGAUGUGAAACUGAAAUACGCAGGCGUCCCGGUCACCUUACACCCAGAUGCCGAAGAGGUAGCCUCUCACUUUGGGACAAUGCUCAAUUCUACCCACAACGUUGAAAACCCUAUCUUCCAGAAGAAUUUCUUCAACGAUUUUCAGGCAAUAAUCAAGAAAACUGGCGGAGCAAAAGAUCCCCAGGGCAAACCUAUCCAGAUCAAGGAGUUUUCCAAGUGUGAUUUCAGAACGAUCUUUGAACACUACGAGAAAUUGCGCGCCGAGAAGAAAGCCAUGAGUGCUGCUGAGAAGAAGGCAGCCAAGGCCGAAAAGGACGCCGCCGAAGCCCCAUACAUGUAUUGUAUGUGGGAUGGGCGAAAGCAAAAGGUUGGCAACUUCCGUGUUGAACCUCCGGCUCUCUUCCGCGGCCGUGGAGAGCAUCCCAAAACUGGUACGGUGAAAACUCGCGUCAUGCCUGAACAGAUUACCAUCAACAUUGGCAAGGAUGCACCUGUCCCAGCUCCUCCAGAGGGACAUCGCUGGAAAGAGGUUAGACAUGACCAGGAGGGCACAUGGCUGGCCAUGUGGCAGGAAAAUGUUAACGGAAACUACAAAUAUGUGAUGUUAGCUGCCAACUCAGAUGUCAAAGGCCAGAGUGACUAUAAGAAGUUUGAGAAGGCUCGGGAGCUCAAGAAACACAUUGAUCGAAUUCGCAAGGAUUAUAAAAAGGGCCUUAAGGAUGAACUUAUGGUCAAUAGACAACGAGCUACAGCCGUCUAUCUCAUCGACCAAUUCGCCCUCCGUGCUGGAAACGAGAAAGGUGAAGAUGAGGCUGACACCGUUGGCUGUUGCUCUCUUAAAUUUGAACACGUUACGUUAAAGCCACCAAACACCGUUGUCUUUGACUUCCUAGGAAAGGACAGCAUUAGAUAUUACGAUGAAGUUGAGGUUGACCCUCAAGUUUUCAAAAACCUCAAGAUAUUCAAGAAGCCUCCAAAGAAGGAAGGCGACGAGAUUUUUGAUCGACUCACGACCUCGGCUCUCAACAAGCAUCUAUCAAGCUACAUGCCUGGCCUUACUGCCAAGGUGUUCCGUACGUACAACGCCUCCUACACCAUGGCAACGCUUUUGAAGAAAAUGUCCGCAACCGGGACUAUUCCAGAAAAGGUCAAACAGUACAAUGACGCAAACCGUGAGGUUGCUAUCCUUUGUAACCAUAAACGCACCGUUGCUGCUGGACACGCUGACCAGAUGGAGAAACUCAGUGAUCGGGUAAGCAAGCAGCCGUUUAUCACUUCCUAUCUUAUUCUUGAUCAACUUGCCAUUUCUAGAAAGCAACCUAUCUAACUCUCUGCUCUAGAUCAAAGGACUGCAGUAUCAGAAAUGGCGAAUUAAACAAAUGAUUCUUGCCCUUGACCCCAAGAUCAAGAAGAAGAAAGGUGCAGCAUACUUUGAACUAGAUGAAGACCUAGACAUGGAGUGGAUCAAGGAACAUCAGGCUUUCCUCGCAGAGGAGCUUCGCCAGAAGAUACGCAAGAAGUUCGACAAGGAGAACGAGAAGCGAGCUGCUGAUGGAGAAAAGGAGAUGAAGGCCAAAGAACUCGAGGAACGACUCAAGGCUGCCGACGAGCUUGAGGCCAAAUAUAAGAGAGAGAAUAAGACGAAAAAGGUUGAGGCCGAGGGCAGGGGUCCUACUGUCGAGAAAUUCGAAGGCCAGAUUAGCAAAAUCGACCAGCGUAUCGAGAAUAUGCUUCUUCAGGCCGAAGAUAAGGAGAAUAACAAGGAAGUUGCCCUUGGCACAUCUAAGCUUGUGAGUCCUUUUCGAUUCUAUAUUUCUAUGCUUCUUCUUUCUUUCUGUUCUUCUGCUUCGUUAUCCAGCCCGAUCCUCGCUCGUUUCGUCAUUCCCCAAGAAGCAACCCCAUCACUAACGCCACUUCGUAACACAGAAUUACAUAGAUCCCCGCUUGACCGUGGUUUUCUCUAAAAAGUUCAACGUCCCAAUAGAGAAGUUUUUCUCGAAGACAAUGCGCGAGAAGUUCGACUGGGCUAUCAAGUCAGUAGACGAGGACUGGGAGUUUUGAUUUUAAAUAACUUUAUUUUCUCAUUUGAUCUCUUCUUUUGGUUUUCUUUAGUUGAGUUUCCUCUCUACACUUGGCUUUUUUGCUCUCUUUUUGCAUAGCAGUGUUCUUUGUACUUUUAUAUCAUAGCUGGCCUCGCGGGCGGCACUCUUCCUUAUAUUACUGACGUAGCAGUUCUUGCCUUGACAGCAAAAUAUCCACGACAGGUCAACAGCAGCACCAUCGCGGAGUGAUUUCCAUAGUAUUUCAAAAGCAUAGUUAUUCAAGCAGUGCUCUCUC